AUGUCAACCCACCCCACCUCCCCGACCUCCCUCCUCUGGGCCGCCCAGCUCAAACGCGAACACGCCCACCUCCUCACGCGCAUGAAAACCCUCGAGUCCACCGCCGAAUCCCUCUCCACCCGCCUCGCCUCCACCACUGCGCCUGCCGACAAGCUCGCCCGCCUUGUCGCCGACGCGAAAGCCCUGACCGCCCGCGUCGCGGCGAUCGAGGACGACGAUAAAGACGUCAAAGAGUGGAUUGAGAAGCUGGAUGAGGAGCGGCAGGCGCGGAUGCGCGAGGAGGGUGUGAAGGUAGAGCGGAUCGCACGGAAGCUGGUGGAGGUGCAGGUGGGGGUUAAGGAGGGGGAGCGGGAGAGGGACGUGUUGAGGGGGGUUGUGGAGGGGGUGGCGGGCAGGAUGCAGAGGUUGGAAGGAGAGGUGAAGAAGGGAGAGGAGAGAGGGCUAAGCCGGAAGAACGAUGAGGGGGAUGUGAAGGUGCUUGCGCGGCGGUUGGAUGCGGUGGAGGCGGGGCGGAGGGAGGCGGAGAGGCGGGCGGGGGAGUUGGUGAGGAGGCUGGAGUUGCUGGAGGGGCGGAAUGAGGAGAUGGGGAGGGAGAAGAGGGGGUUGGAGAGGGAGGUGGAGAGGUUGAGGGGGUUGUUGGAGGGGAGGGAUUUGGAGAGGACGACGCAGGUCUUGGAGGUGGAGAAGGGGUUGGAGAGUACGCAGGACGUGCCGGUGGAGACGAUUGAGAGAAGUUCUUCCGAUAGUGGCACGCAACUCCAGAACUCACCGGCCUUCUCAGCAUCAUUGCGCCGGUCGGUCAGAAUUGCGCCACGGUACAACGAACCGUCAUUCCAACAAGCCCAAAUUGUUGAUCAGCCGUCUCAAACAUGGUCGGACAUGGGCUUGACACAGAAGCAACCAGGUGCCGCGAACUCGAGGAAGAAGAGACAAGCAGCGCCGAACCAGGACACACGCCAGAAGAAGAGCAGUCAGGCGAAGAGCAGCCAGAUGAAGGGCAAGGCCAAGUCCGUCAAAGAGAAGUUGAUUGCCAUCAAGCCUCCAGAACAGCGUCCCGCGAUCGAACCAAAGAUCGCCAUCGUCUCAGGCCCAUUCACGUGGGAGAACCUCUUCGCGGCAGAGCCAACAGCAGAGCCAAUAGCAGAGCCACCUCGGAAGCGUAAAAGGAGAGAGAUACCACAAGAGGUCGACAUGGAGACCUUUGCCGCAAUGGCUGGUAUCUAGAUCGCGAUCUAUUUACACCCAGGCUGCCCCUAUACGGGCAAUAUUCCCGAUUAUCAUCAACCGUCAACACGAAGGCC